AUGGGUGAUGGCAUAGAGGCCCCAUCUCGUACAACAUUUUAAUGAGAUUGUCAACAAUAUCGCAAAAGCUUUGGAAAAGCGAUGUGAGUUUACAAAUCAUUUCAGUUUCGUCGUGGACUCCAGAGAGAGAUGUUGAAAUAUUGACCCAACUUUUGCACCCAAAACAAAAAGUUCUUCGCAUUGAGCAAAGAGUUCUGCAAAACUUUACUGCCUCACGCAGAAAGAUAAACUUAGUUUUGUUCUCUGAGCUGAAUAAUUCGUGUGAAAACUAAAAAAAAAAAGAAAUCAACAUCAUCCCUCAAGAUGACUCCACCCUCGAAAGCUGCAAUCAGACAAACAAUCCUGUCGCUAUGUGUCUCUCUGGGGUACUUCGGAAUUGGCCUUGUUCGUGGCUUCUCCGCACCUGCUAUUCCGUCCAUCAAAGACACAAUUCCGGAACUCCUUCCGGACUUACAUAUUGAGGCAUGGGUGAGCUCUGUGCCACCUCUGGGUGCCUUCUUUGGUAGCCUCAUCACAGCCGUCCUUAUGCACCGUCUGGGUAGGAAGUUUUCCGUCCUCCUUGCUGCUCCCAUUUGGGUUGUCUCAUGGACAUUUAUUGCACUAGCCCAGCGCUGGGAAAUCAUCAUGAUUGGCCGUGCAUUGUCGGGAAUUGCAGUCGGGAUCACCCUGCCCUCAGCUCAGAUCUACGUCAGUGAGUGCAGUGAUCCGAAGAUUCGCGGAGUACUCGCAUCAUUCCCCUCCAUCUCAAUGUCCCUCGGGAUUGUCUUCUCCUACGUCAUUGGGAGCUUCCUACCGUGGCGACAGCAAGCUUGGUUUGCCUGUGCUGUGGCUGUGGUACAAUUCUUUGCCAUUCUCUACCUGCCAGAGUCACCAGUGUGGCUGAAGUCCAAAAAGAAGAUCCCCGAGGCUGAUGUUUCGGCAGAAUGGCUAGUCUUGUCGGGCUUCACAACAACUGCAGAUCAAGUGAAUCAAGUGAAACUGUACAAAUCCUACUCUUUCCGUGCACUGUGUAGAAGGACAGUACUCCUACCACUUGCUGUGGGUCUCACCCUGCUUAUGAUCCAGCAACUAAGCGGCAUUGAUGCUGUGAUCUUCUUCACCGUGGAGAUCUUCAGGAGUGCUGGAAGUUCCAUUAAUGGGAAUAUUGCUACAAUUAUUGUGGGCCUGGUGCAGCUUCUCAGCAACUUUGCAUCCCUCUUCGUUGUUGACCGUUUCGGACGGAAGCCACUGCUCAUCAUUUCCGGUGCCUUGAUGUCCAUUUCAAUGACCUCCAUGGGAUUUGCAUUUAAUUUAACGGACAGUGGGAAUCACAACUACGGGUUCCUCCCACUUAUGAGCCUCAUUGUCUUCAUGAUUGGCUUCUCCGUGGGCUUUGGGUGUAUCCCCUUCCUUCUUAUGGGUGAAAUUUUCCCCACAAAACAACGCAGCAUCCUCAGCUCAUUUGCGGGGUCUUUCAACCUCCUCAUCAUGUUUCUCGUAAUCUUCACAUAUCAUCCACUACAGCGUGCCAUAACCACCGCCGGGACAUUCUGGGCAUACGCCGUAAUGUGCAUCUGCGGCGUGCUCUUUGUGAUAUUCCUCGUUCCGGAGACAAAGGGUCGCGAUCUCGAGAGUAUUACGCAGCUCUUCGAAAAGAAGACACAUUCACGGAAAGUUUCCGCCAUCUCAUCCGGAACGGACAAUAAGCAUGGUGUGGAUAAUCUCGCUGUUGUAAUCACAACGAGUGACGUGAAUCUUGCGCAUCCCGAUGGGGUACCACCAGUUAGCAAGACUUAACGUAUAUAGCAAUUUCUCCAAAAAAAAAAUGAGCUCAAGUAAAGAAACGAGACGCUCAAUAGGAUACAAAAUACGAUAUUCAAUUAGCACAGUGAUAUCAAAAGCAAAAGAGGCAUCUCUUUGGCUUCAUCUCUGGUACACGCACCUCCCGCGCUCUGGCUCAAUUCACCGCGAUCCGGUGGAAAUCAGUUAUGUCGCAGCCUGAGUCAGCAUCUACCCAUGGCGGGACUCAAAAUGAUCAUAAUUAUUCCAAAUUAGAGAGCAUUUUGUUUUGUUUCUCUUGAUUAGAGCAGGAUCAACAAUGAUUAGACACAAUAUUCUCAAAUAUUUGCCCCAACAGUGAUCUAAUGGGUCGAGAUUAGCCAUUUAUCGACCACUCACUGCGUGUAGAUAGCCAUCAAUCAACACGUUGUGCUCAAUAUUUCACUUAAUUAAAAUUUCUUUUUAACAUUUUACCGAAUUUCCUGUUGUGAAAAUUACAGUCAGAAUGUUAUUUAAAAAGUUCUUUAUUACAAUUGGAUGUAAUACCAUAAAUUGAGAAGCAAUUUUGAAUGUCAUUUCGUGCUCUAAUUUGGGCGUGAACGCUAAAGAAGAAUUCCUUGCUGAUUGAAAUGUCUUUCCCAGUAACACCCCAGGAGAAGAAGACAUUCAAAAGGAAAAUAAGUCACUUGGCAAGAUCGUAAAUUUACACAUUGAACCGAAAGAAUUAAUUGCCGGGAAAACCUCCUCAAUUCAAUUUGAAUCCAUUUUCCAGAGAGUUGCUCAAAGAAUGAUGUCGCAUAGGUUGUAAUCUCAAAUCACAAUCAAAUGCUGUAGUGAUGUUGAUUUAUUUUUUAAUGCUUUUUUGUGAAGUAUAUUUGUAAAUAAAGUUUUUAAUAAAUUAUACAGAUUUAAUAAAAAAAAA